GAGGCAGUCCUGCUGUGUUUUUUCCUCCAUCUCUCGCCCCCUCACUCGGUCUCAGUAUUAAUAGGCUGGAUCCUGCCGGAACCAGAGGACAUGCGCGUUGCAGGAGGAGAGGAAGCGUUUGCGCGGUGUCCCAGCGAAAAGAGAUGUUUAGUGUCGACUUUACCGUGAUCACUUAACUGUGCUGCCAAACUCGUUUUCCGCUCGCUUGUUUUUGUAGAGAGGCGUCAGGAGCCGUUUUCCUCUCUCGGUUUAGGUUCUGAUUAAUUAUUCAACUCUUUGCCGCAUCUGGAGCUGUUGCUUUCCUACAGAGAAAGAGUGUUAACAUUUCGGGGUUUUUCUGGAAAUUGAUUGCUCCCCGCCGCCACCCUGAAGUUCAUCGUGGUCAUCUUGGCCGCCGGGAUGGUGGCCUUCAUCGGAGCGGUUAUCUGCAUCAUCGCGGCUGUCCACACCGGGUCCACCAAGGCUGCCGCGGCGCAGCGGCAGCCCGCGGCCGAUAACCACUCGCUGUAUCCGGACGCGGUCGCGCAGACUCCCGCUGCCGCGAGGGGCUCCGUGGCCCGGCCCGGAUCCCUGGGAGCUCUCCACGGUUCUGAAACGCCCGAAUCCGAAGCGCCCACCUUCAACGUCGGGCUUGGCGGGAUGGACGGGGUCAGCGGACUCACGGGACACGACCCCGCGGUGAGUCGGCUCAUCUGCACCCCGCUCCCCGCCGGAGGAUGCAACCCCAGGAACUUUCAGCAGCAAGCGGACGACCCGUCGCUGUACGCCGGGGAAGACUGGGGCUACCUCCGGACCACGGCGGAGGAGCUCCGGCAGACGGUUCUGCAGCAGAAGGACCAGAUUUUAACCGACCAGAGGACCAUCAGGGAGCUGUCGGGGAAGCUGACCGAGUGCGAGAAGGGGCUCGGGGGAAGGAGCGGCAGCCCGGACAGACGCGGGAACGCCGCCGCGCUAAGAGGCGACAAGGGAGCCGAGGGGGAGAUCCACUUGGAGAGGAUGAUGGUGCGGGACAGCCCGGAUUCUGCGCCCGACGGGGUCCAUCUGCUCACGGUUGGAACUGUGGAUGAGCUCGAACAGGCAAUCACCCAACUCAAAGACCGCAUAGACAGACUGGAGACAGACAUCGGUCCGUUUUCUCACAACCGCACGGACAGCAAGUCUUCGGACGCAUCAGAGGAGGGGAACCCAGAGAGGUCAGCCGGUCCGGGCCGUGGUGCCGGUCCGGCCCGGCCCUGGGGGGUGGAGGAUCUGGAAGAGGAGCUGGAGAGGAAGGUGGAGCUGCUGGAGAAGGAGAGGAAAGCCCUGAGGCUGGAGGCAGCAAAACACAGACAGGAAAUUGACCAGGGCAUCAGCAAACUACAACACCGCAUUUCAGGCCUGGAGGAAGGCGUCACAAUGCUUUCGUUCCCGGAGGGGUUCAGGUUGUCCUUCCCGGCUCGGACCAACUACAUGUUCGCCCUGAUGAAACACGCCGUCCCCAAGCUGCGUGCCUUCACCGUCUGCCUGUGGCUGCGGCCCGCCGCGGCGGGCGUGGGGACGCCCCUGUCUUACGCUGUCGCCGAGCAACCGAACGAGUUGGUGCUCCUGCAAGACCGGAGCGCUCCGGCUGAGCUGCUCAUCAACGACAAGGUGGCGAAGCUGCCUCUGAACUUCUCUCGAGGCAGCUGGCAGCACGUCUGUGUGAGCUGGACCCAGAAAGGUGGAGCAUGGCAGGCCUACCAGGGGGGAAAGCUGAGGGGCGAGGGCCACGGACUGGCCCCGGGACACCACAUCCGGCCUGGGGGAGAGCUGGUCCUCGGCCAAGAGCAGGAUUCCCUGGGAGGCGGUUUCGAUUCGACCCAGGCCUUCGUCGGAGAGCUGUCUCAGGUGGGCCUGUGGGAUCGGGUCCUGUCGUCCGCCCAGGUCGCCAGCCUGGCUCGGUGCAGCAGAGUAACUCAGGGCGCCGUGGUUCUCUGGAGCGAAAGCAAGGUGCAGGUUUAUGGCGGAGCCACCAAAGACCCCGGGGAGCCUUGCAGUAAACACAGCAAAAGCUCCCAGUGACCGAUGGAGAGAGGAUCAUGGAAAAGAUUCAAUUCACCAACCAACGCUGAUCCAGAAUGUCAGAAAAACCAUGAAUAGCAAGGCGACAUAAGAGAGUCAUAAUCUUAGCAACUUUUCUGGGGUAUUUCUGAAGGUGAAACGGCGCGCUGCAACACCACACAUUAUUUACACAUAAAUGCAGCUGGAACAUUAGUUACUGUGCAUCAGAAAAUGUUUAAGCUCGGCUUUGCUUAGUUCGAAGUGAAAACAGGAAGAUGAUUUCAGAUUCUCAGCAACCCUCCUGACAAUUUGAUCAAGAAAAACAGAUCUAUACUGUACCUACCUGCUAGCUUUUCUGUCGACUUGUUUACUGUAAGCCUGUUCAAAUUCAGGGGCCGCAUUCUUCAAAGGACACAUGCCGGGAAAAUUGGGCAGCCUGGCCUUUCAAUUUACCACUUACAUCUGCGCAUGCCCUGUCACCUAGCAACCGUGACGGUGCCAAACACAAGCUAGCAAGAAUGUAACUCAAAAUGUUCCUGGGAUUUUUUGUAAUCAGUUUACAAUCUAUUUGAAUCUAAUUCAUUAAUUAGAUUAAGGAAGUCGAUGGAUGUCAGUGGAAGUGCGAAGGAUUCAACGUCCUUCAAAUCCAGGAGGAAGAAGGAUGAACGUCUGAGUCUUUGAAUUUGGAGCAGCAGAUGUAGCCCCUGAAUUUGGAUUCAAAUGUUCAAUUUAGUCGUUUUUAAAUUUGAAUGUUUACUGUAAUUUUAUUUUUACAUUAUCCAGAAUUGUGACAUUUAUAACACUCAGCCUUUAUGAAAAACUAUAAAAUAUAUUUAAUGCAUUAUAGUCAGAGCCAGCUAAUGUUAGCAUGCUAAUGCUAACAUGUGAUUUUUAGGCUCAUUAAAAUGUCUGACAGUAAUUCUGCUGUUCUUGUGCCUCAUAAAUGGGAAUAUAGAGAUAAUCAGUAAAAGGUGAAACUGUUUUAAUUUUUUUUUCCAACUCCAGCAUCAAAGAAAUUUUACAACAGAAAUUAACUAUAGAAGCCAUUUUCUCUCUUUUUUUUAUUAUUCGUACACAAACAACUCCUACAAAUUUAAUUUAGAAUAAAAUAAUUAGAAUUAUCUCAUGAGUUAUAUCUAGAAAUAUCUAGAUACGUCAAUCGUUUGUGAGAUUUUAACCACAGACAGAUGAAAUGAACAACACUGACCUGUUAGUGUCUUGGAUAAAGGAUUUUCUUUUUGUCCUCAAACGCAGUGUGUUAGCAGCAUUAAAAAAUGGCGUUUACAUUUUGAACAACUCCGACAAAGGCUAAAUUGUUAUGGCUAGACUGGGUCAGAGCAUCGGCACAACUUCAGCUCCUGCAGGGUGUUCUGGGCUUCUGGUGGUUAUUGAAAGGGAAAUGGAAAAAAACAACAAAAAAACAGUGCUGAACCAGCAUCUGGGUCAGAGAUGACAAAGGCCGCAUUGAUGCACACUGAGAAGAAAACAAGCUAACCGAGACAGAGUGAAGGUUUGGGCAAUGAUCCUGCUGGGAAACCAGCUUGAUUCUGCCAUUGAUGUGGAUGUUGGUUUGACAAGUACCACAAACUGAAGCGUUGUUGACAGACCAGGGACACAUUAACACAACUUCCUGUUGGCUAUGGCCUUUAAGCAAAGGUGGUGCAUCUUGCCACAAAGUGAGACAGGCUUAGGAGCUCAAACAUGAUGGAUUACGACUGUUUUGGCAGCAAAAGGGGGAUAAAGUCGCUAUUACAUGAUCUGAUUAGUGUGCUUCCCACUACAGUCCACUGUAUAUCGUAUGACAAGCAAAAAAAAACAA